AUGGAAAUGCAUACUUAUUUUACUCUAAAAAGUUGCUCAACUCUUGCCAACUUUUUGGAGCUUCCCAGGGACUUGAGUUAUUUAAAUUUGACUGGGACAACAAUAGAGGUAUUGCGCUCAUCAAUCAAGCUUCUGGAUGGUCUCUGUAACAUUAAACUGAAAAAUUGCAAAAGGCUUGUGAGCUUCUGGAUGGUCAUUUGGAAGUUGAAACGUCUUCAAUGUCUUGAUCUUACUGGUUGCUCUGAAUUCAAGAACUUCCCAGAAAUCUUCGAGCCUAUGGAACAUAUGGGGUCUCUUAGUUUAAAGGGAACAACAGUUAAAGAGCUACCUUUGUCGAUUGGAAAUCUUAUUAGGCUUCAAGUAUUAGAGCUCUCUGGCUGCGAAAACCUUGAGUAUGUCCCAAGCAGCAUCUACAGUUUAAACUGGCUUGAAUGUCUCAUGUUUGAUGGAUGCUUGAAACUUCAAAAAUUUCCGCCCUUCUCAGGCGGUUUGCUUUCUUUGAAAGAACUAAGCCUCAGUUACUGCAGUAUAUUAGAAAUUCCUGAUUUCCUCCUUAGCUUAACCACAUUGCAAGAAUUAGAUCUAAGUGGAACCAUGAUUGAGGGCAUACGCAGAACCAUCAAACAAUCUUCUGAGCUAUCUAUCUUGAACUAA